GUUUAACUAGUUCCGUCUUUGCAAAUGCAGACUUAACCAGCACUCGACAUAAGCCAUUCGCAUACAAAUGGCAUCUGUAGUUUUAUCGUUCCUUGCCUUCUUCGGCUCUACAGCGUACGUAACACUGCGAUUUAGCUUGUGAAAGAGAGAGGGGAAAAAAAACUAGAUUAAAGAUAAAAAACGCCAGGCCUCCACAUCUCGCUGAUUUUUGUGAAUGUUUUUAGAGCCCAUGGUUAUGGCCUACGAAACCCAAUUGGGCACCACUGUUUGAAGGGCCAAGAUCUGACCCCGAGGAUGACCUGAGGAUGACGUCACAAAACACGUGCUGAUAAAAAAGGUCAUUUAAAUUUAUCAGCAAUUACCAUAACUCCGUCCUAAGCAUCCAAAGAAAAGUAUAUCUUAAAAAAACUCUAUUUAAUUACUGUUACCGCUAAACUACGCAUAUAAUAUUCUUGAUUUAUUGAUCCUUUUUCAAUAAGAUGCAAGACAGGAUCACAAAAAAAAUAAAUAUAAUCCUAUUAAUCGAAUACACAACCCGUAGUUAGUGACCCAAGCAAAGAGAAGCUACGUUCGCCGAUAAUGAAGUUUUGAGGAAGUAAUAUUUGCCAUUUAUUGACGUAAACCUACUUUUCAGUAACAUUAACUUUUGUAUGAUAAGAGAGAAGUCAUGGACGAAGUAGAAGAACAUCUCAGGGAAGUGUGGAAGACAGGACAGGACCUAGGACUCCUCGACACCGAUAUUGAAAAUGUGAUUCGCGAGGUGUUGGAAGAGGCGCAGGAUAGAGAAAAGAAAUUGGGGGAAAGGCAUAGGGGACGAGAACCCAGUGGUGGAGGUAGAUGUUGGAUUCUGUGGAGGGCUGUGGGAAUUUGGCUGAGGUUUUCCGUGGCGUUGGUGUUCCUGGGGGUCGCGGCCUUCGCCCUCGUCUCGCUGCACAACCCGACGAGGAAGUUCGUGACGAGGAAUGUUCAGGACGCGAUCUACCCCUUCAUGACGACGCUGAGAAUCGUCACGCUGCCCGUCCUCUCGGCCUUUCCCUGGAUGAGCCGCUGGUACUCUGAGGAAUGUCUGGUCGAGAACCCCCUCUACGACCAGCCUAAUGUGGACUGCGCCCCCUGUGGGGUUGACCUCGAAUAUGCCCCGGUCUCCAAGCUCCAGAACUUCACUGACUUUUACUACAACAAUGGAAAGUUUGUGGUGGUGGUGGAUGCACUUCCGCCUGGGAAGGAGGUAUCUUGGGCCAUGCUAGUUGCACAGUUCAAUAUCUGCAAGGAGGAGGAGAUUGGGUCAUGGACGCUAACUCCAAAAACUGAUGGACCAUGUGAUUAUAAUGAUACUAUGGUGAAGGGAGUCCUCCCUGCGCCACGGUCUCACAUUGAAUGGAAAAUUUUCCGAAUAGAGACGCUGCACAUCAUCCGUCAGUUCUUCCCUAGAGUUUACUUUGUGCCUCAGGACACAGAGGUGGCACUUCACCGACACAUUUUCAUAGAUGGGACUGAGUCUGAUGCCUACACUUUGCCACUAACGGAAUUUGCGAAUGUGGUGGUUGUCCAGGGUGAAGGGGAGAGCGUGUUCAAGCUAGAACCAUCACCUCAUUGUCGUGAUGCUUGCCCUUCAGUCACAGUUCAGCUUGAGACAUCACAGGUGUUGUUUUUUAAUUGGAUAUUUUGGCGACCUGUUAGAGUGGGUGGCCAAAAUGUCUCGACUAUUUUUAUGAGUUCCUUUUACUGAAUCAGUAGGACUUUUUGUGAUUUGUAACAUAGGGAUGAAGCAUCAAAAAGGUUUUAUAAACUCAGCAAGUCUGUUGAUGCAGAUAUAAUAGAUUGUGAUGUAAAUGUAAAUUGUUCAUAAUGUGUAUUUAUUUUUUAUUUUGUAGAUAUUAUAUGUACUAUGAAAUGUAAUUAGAAAAUAUUUCUUA